GGUGAAUUUUGGCUCGGACUGGACAAGAUAAACCGUCUGACACAAAAUAAGACGAAGAACAUGCUUCGAGUAGAUCUGGGGGUGACUACGCGCCAAACUGUUCACGCUGAGUAUGAAUGGUUUGGGAUUGGAAACGGGACGGCUGACUAUCGGCUGUACAUUGGCAAUAUGACAACAGAUGCAACUGUUUCCUAUGAUUCCCUCAAUCCUCACAAAGAUUUCAUUUUUGGUACCUGGGAUAGAGAUGCUGCUAAUUGUACUCUAAAAAGAGGCGGAGGUUGGUGGUAUGGCAGCAGUAGUGAUUGUGCUGUUUCGUCGAAUCUCAACGGAAUUUAUCCGCAUUGUGGAAAUAAAACCUUGGCCAAUAUCCAUUGGGAUCAAUUGGAUCAAAACAGUCCCGAGGGCAGCACCCCCACAUCAACUGAAAUGAAAAUUAGACCAGCGGAUUUUUUUAAAACUUUCUGACGAUAAAGUGUUCAUAUAAAUAGUGAUUUCUGCGUCUUCAGAACGGUCAAAUUCGCUUUUAAUACAAUUGUGGUUUGCAGAUUAAUGAUCGAGUGGCCUUUGCAUGCAUGGUGAUGUUGAUCCUUUUUUACGUACUAUUCAUUGUUGAUUUGAAAACGCUAUGAUUAAAAAAAUCAGUUCGCUUGCUGUCGAAAUUAAGCCAAAAUAUCUGUGAAUUCAGUUUUCUAAUAUCCGACAAAGAAAUUUAUCCGGACCAAUCGAUGCUAUUUUGAAACGUUAAGAAGUAAUUUCCAUGACAAGAUAUACGACGUGUAUUUUUUUCAAAGCCAUUGAAUUCUAGAUUUUAAAAUGCUUAGAAUAUACAGAUUAGAAGAAAUGACGAAAUCAUAGACUUAACCAUAUAUAGUUGAUCAACUGCGAUUUUAGAAAAGAAUAUUUUCAUCACAUCGAGAUUAAUUCAGAAAGAUUUAUACCUAUGGAACGUUCUAAGCUACUGGCUGGAGCUCAUAAUAUUUCAUGUUUUUACUUAAUUUUACAGUUUUUGCGUUUUAUGAUGAUUUUUAAAGCUUCGUCUUCCUAGAGCUAUAAAUAAAACGAUUUAAGAUUAAAUCAAAAUAUGUAACUUAAGACAUGUGAGUUUUAACGAGUGGAGAA